AUGGCAUACACUUCAUACUUUGAAGCACUGGAAGAAUGUCAGCUAAGUUCCUUGGAGUAUCGCAGGCUCUAUAAUGAUUUGGUCUACACGUAUAAAAUUAUUGUUUCCAAUGAAAUUAUCAUGGAGGUUCCAAUUUUCGAAAUAUUUAAUCAUACUGGAUCAUUGCGACGUCACAAAUACUAUCUCAAAUCACUCAUCAAGAACUCAACAAAAAUAUCUUCUCAAUUUCUCUCUAAUAGAGUAAUCAGAUGUUGGACUCUCUUUACCCGCCGAAGUGUUUCCGGUGAAGCCCUGGUCAGCGGCUUUCAAAAAUCGACUAUUAUCCUGUGA